AAAACAUAUCCGAGUAAUGUACCGCUGUGACGAGCCAUAGAACUGGAAAGCCUUGCCUGAUGGGUGGGUCGCUGAAUGAGGAUCUCUUGCCUGGGGCGCCUUGGGAGGAUGCCACAGCGGCGCAGCUUGGUGUUGAGCUGGAGCAGAGGGGCUUUGUUCACAUCCGAAGAGACUGCGAUGGCAGUGGCGCUUUGGCCCAGUUGGAGGUCGAGGAUCUGUGGCUCUCGCGGCAGAUGCCGCGGACACCGCGGGAGAUGCUGGACGCCUACCUGGGCUUCGCCUCCGAUUGGACCUAUGAGGUGAGACCCACCUCCCAGGAGUUCGAGGGCUUGCAUCAGUUGGACCAAGACUUGGAAAAGUUGGGGCAACUGGUGGAAGAGGCAGUGUCCAGCUUCUCUCGUCACCAUAUCACAGGGCGUUCCUCAGGGCUGCUGCAUUGUCAUUGUUGGGAAGCCUCCGAGCAGGUAUACUUUGAUCCACCACCCAAACUCCAAGAUCCUUUCGAGGCUGGGCCCUAUUUGCGUCAUUGUUCGAUGAAAAAGGUGGUGUUGAUCUAUGCCUUCGACGCCUCCCAGCUGGUGCUUCGGCCUCGGGCGCAACCGGAGGACCGGAUUGAGGUCCUUCUGAGUGCAGGGCAUGUGUUGGUCUACUUGCACGAAGCCUAUGAUUUGUCGGUGGAAUCCUGUAGUCCCGCUGGCUCCUCCACUCGCUGGGCAGUGGCUCGACAGGUGCCGAAACCAGAGAGGAAGCUAGGUUUAUUCCUGCAGUUGGAUCUCCUGUUUGAGCGCCCCGCACAGCACAAGCUGAAGCAGGAGCUGUUGCCCUUGCCUCGCCGCCUUGUUGAGCAGUACCAACAUCUCCUCGAGUCCUGCGAGAUGGAGCCUGAAGAGAUGAAUUUGAUCUCGCUGAAAGAUUUGCACCUGGAUGGACUUCGUGGAAUUUCGAUCGCCUCGCUGCAUACGGCGCUUCCCAGCUUGCCGACGGAUUCAGGCCUGGCCGCUGGCCUCGAGGCCGCGCUGGUGGGUGGCCUGGACCCGGUCACUUGUGUGCGGAGCCCGCCGAAAGGCUGCAGCCGCUCCGCUGAGAUGCGCGAGAGGCAAUACUUUGGGGCAAAGUGGGAUUUGUCUGAGUACUACGAGGAGAACCCCACAGAUGACGAAAUGAAAAUCUACUCCAAGCAUUUGUCCGUGCUGUACCAGAGCUAUGACGUGGCUGGUGACUUCGACUACAAGCUGUUUGGCUUUGAGCUCAAGGAGAGUUAUCAGAUGGACCAGCGCUGCCGAAUGCUCUGUGAGGGCCACCAUGAGGUCUUGCACAACUGCAAUGAGUGGAGGACUCGAAGUGAGCCCUCAAGGCCCUGGGGCCUCUAUAUGGGCCUUUCAGCUCCCGUGGAACCUUGGAGUUUGAGCGCAGUGGAGAGAUCGAGACCCAGUAGCAUUCUGGGCAAGGUCGCACAGGCUCUCCACUUCACGGGCCCAGUGAAGGUCGAAGACACAGGCGAUUCCAGUGGUCUCUUGGCCUGCGACUUCGCGGUGCAGCAGCUCCGCGCCGGUGCAUGUCCUACGGCUUUCGCGAGCUCGGCGAGUUUCAUCGCAAGCCCCUGGCAGCUGGCCCUGCACGUGAGAGAAGGCAUGGCAUCGCGUUCGGGGCGCACGCGAUGCUUCGACCAAAGUGGUGAUGGUUUCAUUCAAGGAGAAGGUGCUGUGGUGUUGAUGUUGCAGCCAUCCACCAAAGCUUCGGACGCACGCGGCUGGCACGUGGUUGGAACUGCAAAUCACAGCAAAGGUGAAGAUGCGAAUCUAAGGGCGCCCUCAGCAGCAGCCAUGCAAGAAGUUCUGCUGAAGGCCUCGCGUGAUGCGCAGCUGUCCUUCCCGGUGCUGGAUGCGGCCGAGACGAGCUGCUGUGGGUUGCCGACUGACGCCUUGGAGCUGCAGGUCUUGGAGAAAGCCGUGCAGCACAAGGUGAUGCCCGAAGCCUGUCCUGUGAUCACCUCUUGCUCCAAGGCCUGCUGGGGCCACCUGGGAGUUGUGAGUGGCUUGUUGGGCAUGGCCAGAUCUUUGUUGCUGAUUGGGAAGCAGCUCUUUGGACCUCAGCUCCACCUGCAUCAGCUGCUGCCAGUGGAAUCAGACCCUUCCAGGCUGCAUUUCUGUACGGAGGCCACACAAGGCUUCGGCCACACGCAGCUGCUGAGCGUGGCAUCCUUCGGGGCAGGCAGCCAUGGCCAGCAAUUGAUCUCGGUGAAGUACCACGAGAAGGUGAAGCCUGUGAGGUUGUCCUGGUAUCCCUGCGAGACCAAGAAGAAGGAUGUGUUGAAGGCGAUCGUGGGAUACGAAGUGGUGGGAACGAUGUCCGCUUGGGACCGUGGUCUUCCCAUGAUGCCCCAUCCGGACGACCCCACGAGCUUCUCAUGCUUGCUGACCAUCCGGCUCAGUGGUUGCGAAAAGUUCCAGAUCUGGAUUGAUGGCGACCCGGGGCGAGUGCUCUACCCUGUGGAGAGCCAGACUUCGGAGUCCAAAGUCUUGGGACCCGGAGAACAGGUGGACAGGGCUCGGUGCUGGACUCUGCGUGACGCUCCUGGACAUCGCUAUGAGAUCAGGCUCCAGGUCAACGGCAGGGAGAAGCGUGUGUCCUGGCAAAAGGUGUCGUUGACGCCUCUGCCGAUGCCGCCUGAAAGGCUGAGUGUCAUGGGGGACCACACUUUUGGAGUCCAGGAGAGUAUGAAGGUGUCAGGCGACGACAUCUUUGGGCUCUUUGAAACGCAGAUCCACCUGCAUAAGGAGACCAGCACCUUUCGGAUCUUCUGCGAUGGCUUGGAGCAAGUCUUCCAUCCAGCGCCGGACUGCACACCUGAGGCCAUGCUGGAAGGAGAGGAUGGUGCGUGGACAGGGCUCAGUGGACCAGCUAUCCUUGGUCCAGAUGAAGAUAGCGAGGUUUCGAACUUUCAAAUCACUGGAAAAGUCGGGGAUUUCUACAGAGUUGUCUUCGACCCGAUGGGCAAGAUCUUGCGGUGGCAGUUUGCGGGCCACAGUCCAGUGGAGUGGGAGGAUGUUUGGAGAAGACAAGCUUACUACGUGGCUGGGUCUUGGAACAACUUUCAGACCUGCCAGGAGAUGCGGGAAGAGAACUGUGGACGGAGCCGGUCUGUGGAAGUGGUUAUGGGCAGCAACAAGGAGACAUUUCAGAUCCUGCUGAAUCGCAAUUGGCUGUGCACGCUCCAUCCCAAGAAUGGUUCGACCACUGGACUGGAAGGGCCAGAUGAAGAGGGGCUCGACUACUAUUGGUGCAUUGGUGAAGAGGAGAGCUUUGAGCCCGGAGACCUCGUGCAGAUCAAUCUGGAAAUGGACAAUGGCCGAGCCUCAAAGGUUUGGUGGCAAAAGUCAGAGAGCGAGCGUGCGCACAAGCUGCGCUACUGCCGGGGCUUGCAACGCACAUCGCAGAGGCACCAGAAAUUGAUUGGCCUUCAGCCGUGGGAUGAACGGACGCGAAAAUCGGCGCGGUUCACGAAAGCUCCAGAUUUCUUCGAUGGGCGAAUCAUGCAGGAGACGUCUGCCCUGCGACUGUUCUACAAGCACCGACAGGAGGAUGUCUUCAGGCGGCGCCGACAGAUGGAGGAGGAGGGGCCAGAUGCGCGCUUUGCAGCGCGGAGUGCACGCAAAUUAGGGGACCUCUUCAAGGGAGCACCACCUGACAUGGAGUCGGCGCCACUGGUUGUGAUUUAGCAACAGUUUGCACAGCUGCACAGCAGUUUGGGGUCAA